AUGGCGAUCGACAAGCGCAGUAUCGCCGGGGUCAUCACCGGCCUUCUCUUCCUCGCCCUAAUUGCCGUCGCAUGGCACCACCUGGCGCUCCCGAUCCCUACUGCUCUCAGCUUCCUUGUCAUAAUUCUCCCAGUAGCACAAGGCCUCAGCACCUGGUACCUGGCCCGCCCGCCCGCCCGCCGCCACUUCCUUGCUCUGCCCACCUCAUCCUCGGACGCCGCUCACUCGUACGAUGACGCCCCAGCUCACGCGUCGUCCCGCCAUCCCAGGCCCGACCCGCGUGUGCGCUUAGCACCGCCGCUGCUCGGCGCCCUCACCAUCUUCGCCACAGCCCUUGCCACACUUUCCGGCACGCAUCUUGCACCCGCCGACUCACUCAACUGCGCCCUCCGCGACCAGUGGCUGGCUCUGUUCCGCACCAAGAAUGGGCAACAAAUCAAAGCCAUCCAGGAUGCGCUGCAGUGCUGCGGCUUCCGCACCGUCUAUGAUAUGGCCUGGCCGUUCCCGCAGUCCUCCGGCGGGAAGACACAGCGCAGUACGUGCUCGAAGACGUUUGAGCGCGAUACUGCUUGUUUCUCGGGGUGGAGGAAGGAGGAGCAGAAGAUGGCCGGGCUGUUGGUUGUGGUCUGUUUGGGGGCUUGGGCUUGCCAGAUGAUCGUCACAACCCGCACCUUCACGCAGCCGUCCUGGCUACAGCGUUUCGUGGCGAGGAAUUCGAGAGGCCAGGCGAGCGAAUGUGACGCCGAGAACGGUAAUGGAGAUGAAAGGCCUUCCCGGGCCAUUGACUUCCACAACGCGGGUCGAUACACGGACAACCCAUCUGAAGACCUCGAAGAAGUUGAACGCGGGCAACCUACAGAAGGUAGGGGAGGGGUUGCUAUCGAGGAUUCACGCGCCACAAAUACUCACGAACACCACACAAUGCUUCCUUCGGCACACGGCAACGGCCACAACCACAACCACAACCACAACCACUGGAGUACCGACCAGCAUUAG